UAUGGAGUGAGCCCCACAGCUUUGGUUCAACAGAUGUGACGAGGUUAAAAUAACAGAAGAUAGGCAGGCAGUGAGAAGAAUAAGUAGCCGCUGGGCUGCUGGAAGGGGGCUCCACAUUGUUUGGGGAAACUUAAACUGCGAUGGAAUCUAUUUAAUAUCAAGAGUAAAAAAACGCCCCUCCCCUCCCUCAAUACAGUGUCCACCUCGCUCUCUCUCUCUCUCUCUCUCUGUGUUUCUUUCGCACCGGUGCUGUUGAUUUAAGGGUUCAUGCAAAGGCUUCAAUGCACGGCGUCGCUGCAAAUGUGAUGCGGGGUUGUCGGAGUACCCCCUGCGCGGAUCCCUUUGCAGUGCAGAUCCAGUAGUUGGACUUGUGGAAGAGAGCACGCGAGGGAGAGGAGAGGAGUACAGCAGCCGAGUGAGCGAGUACACAUAGGAACACGUUAUCUUGCGAGACUAUUUAGACAUCGAGCUGUCUGUCACUUUUAAGCGCUCAGGCUACUCGCGCGGCGGCCGCAACGACAACAACAACAACAACAACACCUGGUCUGGCGUACCUGGAGCCGCCAGUGAAAAACUCCCAAACGUGAUCGUCUCAGCUGGAAUGAGCUAACCUACACGACCGGUCAGAUAUGGAAACCAAGCCGUUCUUGUCAUUGGGGUUCCUAAAGCCCCAGUGCUCGUUAGCUCCUCCGAUGCAGCGAGCCCGCUCAAAUGAGGCCUGUUCCUGUUUCAGUGGCAUGUGUUCCCUCCAUCAUCGUCGCCUAUCCUCAGACUCAUCAGGUCAAAUGGGCUCUUCACCCCUGGGCUCGCCCAACUCCCAUCGAGGAAUGCACCCAUCUUUGCUCAGUCCAACGACCAUGGGGCCCUCUGGAUCGCUUCACUCUCCCAUCAGCACGUUGAGCUCGCCCAUGAAUGGUCUGGCCUCGCCUUUCUCUGUCAUCAGCUCGCCCAUGGGCCCCCACUCCAUGACCUCGCCCGGCAUGGGCUACGGUCCCAGUGUCAGCCCCCAGCUGAACUCGCCAAUGAACUCGGUCAGCAGCACAGAGGACAUUAAGCCCCCGCUGGGCAUCAAUGGCGUGAUGAAAGUACCCGCUCAGCCCUCUGGCACAGCGCUGUCGCUCACCAAACACAUCUGUGCUAUCUGCGGGGACCGCUCCUCAGGUAAACACUACGGUGUAUACAGCUGUGAGGGCUGCAAGGGUUUCUUCAAAAGGACAGUGCGCAAAGACCUGACCUACACGUGUCGUGACAACAAGGACUGCGUCAUUGACAAACGCCAGAGGAACCGGUGCCAAUACUGCCGCUACCAAAAGUGUUUAGCCAUGGGCAUGAAGAGAGAAGUGUUAUUACAUGCAGCCGUUCAGGAGGAGCGCCAGCGAGCCAAGGAAAGGAAUGAGAAUGAGGUGGAGUCGACCAGCUGCGCCAACGAGGACAUGCCCGUGGAGAAGAUUUUGGAAGCCGAGCAGGCGGUGGAACCCAAAACCGAAACCUACAUCGACACCAAUCUUGGAGUUCCAUCCAAUUCGCCCAACGACCCCGUGACAAACAUCUGUCAAGCUGCUGACAAACAGCUCUUUACGUUGGUCGAAUGGGCCAAGAGGAUUCCCCACUUCUCUGAGCUCCCACUGGACGACCAGGUCAUCCUUCUACGAGCAGGUUGGAAUGAACUCCUCAUUGCGUCGUUUUCGCACCGUUCGAUAGCCGUUAAGGACGGGAUUCUGUUGGCCACCGGGCUGCACGUCCACCGCAACAGUGCCCAUAGUGCCGGUGUGGGAGCCAUCUUUGACAGAGUGCUCACGGAACUGGUGUCAAAGAUGCGGGAUAUGCAGAUGGAUAAGACAGAACUGGGGUGCCUUCGAGCUAUAGUCCUUUUUAACCCAGACUCCAAAGGUUUGUCAAACCCAAGUGAGGUGGAGGCUCUGAGAGAGAAAGUCUACGCGUCUUUAGAGGCCUACUGCAAACACAAGUACCCGGAGCAGCCUGGCAGAUUUGCCAAGCUGCUGCUGAGGUUACCGGCACUGCGCUCCAUCGGCCUCAAGUGUCUGGAGCACUUGUUCUUCUUCAAGCUCAUUGGCGACACGCCCAUCGACACCUUCCUCAUGGAAAUGCUCGAAGCACCGCAUCAAAUGACAUAAUAGCAGAGAGGACGAGGCCGUCACCUGCCUCCUCUUCAUUUCCCAGCAGCCCUUUGGUCAAAAGCAGUAGGGUCCUUUUUUAAAAAUGUUCCACCUCCACCGAGAGAGAGAGAGAUGGUGAACUUUUCCCCCCACCCCCGCAUCACCAUCAAUCCCGCAGAAACAGCUAAUUAAUCAUGGAUGUGUUUUUUUACCUUGUAAAGUACUAUCAAUAAGAUAUAUAAAUAUAUCUCACACAACGUGUUGGAGAGAAGACAAAAGCAAUGUACUGAGCCUUCAUUAGCAUUUUCUCAGCAUCCUCACGGUCAACACUUGCAGGGUGCACGGAAACGCGGUGCGGACGUCACGUUGAGACCCUCGGCCUCGUGAGCAGGACAAUCUCGCAGAUACUCGGACUAGACCGGGCCUCUUGCUUUUCAUCAAGACUGAUUCAAAACAAACUCGAGGUCUUUGCCUGACUGGACUCAACACGUCUUGCACUAGUUGUUUGGAAAAGGAAAAAAAAAAAAAAAGUUGUAAGCUUUCUGGGAUCUCCAACUUAACAGGUGUGCUACAAAGACUGCAAGUGAUGAAGAACCUCAGGUGUCUGGCCCAGGUCCAAACAAAUCCGACCAUGUCUUACUGUAUCAACACUGUGCAACAACAUGGGCGAGGGCGAGUCUAUGAAUCGGCCUAAUCAGGAAAAUGUUGUGAUCCACCUCGAUUUGCUAAGUGGGGGGCAUGUUAUGUAUGUACAAUCUGCACGGUCGUUUGUGCACACAGGAAGAAGCCAGGCAGUUGUCAGUUGACGCUAUGUGCGACCGACAACUGGCAUUCCAGCGUUCUGCCUUUUCCGUUGAAUCUUCGGUGUGUGAAUUUUGAAUAUCACGUUUGAGGUAGCGAUGUCACCUUUUCGUUCAUUUCACCACUCCUCCUGCCCCCCCCCCCGCCACCUCCCCCGCCUCUCGUUGAUGUGAAUUCUGACCUCCGCCCCUCAACCGCUCAACACUGCAGGUGUAAGCUUCUCAAGAUCACCUCAUCUCUUUCAUCGCAGGAAGUUACAACCAUAAACAGUAUUUAAUUUUUUUUUUUUUUUUGGGGUUUGUUUGUUUUGUUUUGUCUUUGUUCCAUUUCAGAGCAGCACUGCACUAUUACCUCACUUUGUUGACCCUCCUCAUCUGGGCUUGCCCCAUUGACAGUAUAUCCAGAAAGAGAAGCGCUUAUCAUUGCAGCAGAGCGGUUGUUUGUUUAUUUGUUACUUUGCACUUAACCUCACGACAGAGCUGACAUCAACAUAAUUGACCUCCGAGGUGGGAGUUUGGCCCCUGGAUCCAAUCGGGAUAGCCCCACUUAGUUUUCCUCCCCUGUGGGACAAACACUUGCUGCGCCCGCACCAUUCCCUUGCAACGAAAUCCGAAAUUGUUUCGAUCAUGACACGUAUAAUAUGCUGUUCCGUCCUGAAGCGGCUGCGUUCGCUUGUCCGCCGUGCACGGGUCGUCGGCCUUGACAGAAACUCAUUUUCUCUUUCUGGCUUCAUGCAGAUAUUUGACGUGUUGCUCUCGUCAGCUCCUGAAUCAUAUAUUGGCUUUACAUAGGAAGCAAACUGCUUUUAUUUUAUUUUAUUUUUUUUGGGGGGGGGGUCUUCAAUUAUGUAUAUACAGUAUAUACAGAUUAUGGAACGGCAGAGUCAAGGGUACAUGUUGAAUAACUAUAUGAAAGGAAAAAAAUAACACUAGAAAGAUUAUGAUUUCAUGAUUUCUCUUUUGAUCUGCAUGUUCUUUCUUUCAUGAGCACUUUGAUUGAGUCAGGACCUGAGCACUGUGUUUUAUUAAUACAGAGAUGGGACGGAGUCUGGGCUGUGCCACUUCUCAAUUUAUUUACAAUCCCAUUAUUAUUUUUAUACCGUUUUAUGGCUUUUUAAAAGGAGUAUCAUAUUUGAAAGUGAUUUUCAAUUCACAUUCAGAUCUUAUAUAAUUAAAUCCAAGCUCUUUACACUUGCUAGACUUGACCAAAUGUUUAGUAAGGAGCAAUUGGGCCUGACUAACUUUUUUUAAUACAUGAUCGUAUAACAGUACGGUUGUAAUUAUACAAGAAUAAUUUAUAUGACCAUAAUUUAAGCAUUUUUAAAGAGAACAAAGUCAUGUUACAUGCAUAGCCACAUAAAUUACACAAAGAUGACAUUAAUUUAUGAUUAUUUUUUUUGUGGGACUUUGUGUUCGUCGUCUUCACAAGUAAUAUCCAUCCAUCCAUUUUCUUAGGCGCUUAUCCUCACGAGGUCGCGGGAGUGCUGGAGCCUAUCCCAGCUGUCAUCGGGUAGGAAGCGAGGUACACCCUGAACUGGUUCCCAGCCAAUCGCAGGGCACAUAGAGACAAACAGCUGCACUCACAAUCAAACCUUAGGGCAAUUUAGAGUCUCCAAUUAAGGUUUCAUGUUUUUGGAAUGUGGGAGAAAGCCCGGAGUGCCUGGAGAAAACCCACGCAGGCACGGGGAGAACAUGCAAACUCCACACAGGCGGGGCGGGGUUUGAACCCUGGUCCUCGGAACUCACUGUCGACUCACUCAAAUAACCAUAUUGGUCUGUUCCUUACCUCAAGACUUUGCCAAAGUAAUACAUUUAGACAUUCCCACAAUGACCAAUUUUAAUUGAAGAUAGUGACCAAAUCGUUGGAUUGUGAUUUUAUUGGAGUGAAAUUAUAUUAUUUUGCAUAACGUUCAGACUCGAUUCUCUCACUAAAACGAGGUUAUUCCACAGUAAGAACUAAUGAUGAUCCUUAUAUUUAUUUUCAAUAGCGCUUGUUCUCAACCCUUGAUCAAUCACCAGCCAAUCGGAGGGCCUGAAGGAUUAUGACCUUUCUCAUAACAUUACAGCUAUUCUCGAGUUUCUUUUUAGCACGGCCCAAAUGCUCCUGAGUAAAAGUUUGCUAGGUUAACAGUCUCUGGCGACACCCUGACAACUUUGCUAGUCUCUGACUUAGAUGACAUCAAAUUGAGGUUAGGUUAGGUUGGAGACGUUGAGACACAUGUGAAUAAUUGUUCUGAUUCGGCUCGACUUUCACAGAAGGCCUUCGGCAGGGGGGAAGUGGCGGGGUGGUAAAUCUGGAGGUCUUAUUUCACCCCUUUAAAAAAAAAAAAAAAAAAAAAAGUCCUCAAGGCAAAAAAAGUGAAAAGAAAGAAGCGAUGAGCUUCUUGCUCGCUCUGGUGGAGGAGAAUCUGCACUGCAACGCUAUGAGGUUUUAUUCGAAUUAUUAUUAUUAUUUUUCUUCCUGCAUGUACUUCACCUUGACAGACGCGGCACUUUCUCGCAGGGUUUAUGUGGCACAGUCUCUGUGCGUCGUGUUGCCAAAAAGAAGAGUGAAAUCGGAAAAGAGCAAUAACUAUUCACGACUUAUUGGCGUGUCGAAGCGACCAAGGUUUCUGUAUUAUUAAUAUGAAUUAUCCAGGUGACAGUAUUGACUGCCAGUAUGAGCUCAGUUUACAGUACAGUAUUUAUAUAUUAAAUAUAUACAUACAAAAAUUAAUGAUUUGUCUGUUUUAAAGAAAAGGAAAUUUUUUUGAGGAGUGUUGCAGCAUUUUGUCAUCAUUUUUAGCCACUUGUUUUCCCCCAAAAUUAUAAUUAUAAAUCAGUGUCUGCUCUUUGAAGACUGAUCUAUGACGCAGGUCUAUUAAGCCAUAAAAUGUAGAUUGUUGUGUAAGUUUGGUCCCACCUCCGACAAGGGAAAAAAAAAAAUCAAUAACCCUUCAUGGAUGCUUCAUAAUGUAAAAGCUAUAUUUUGUUAAUAUGUAUAUGUGUAUAUAUUUAUAAAUAAAUAUAUCAGCAGAUCUGUACCAUGAGUAUUUCCACCAUUAAAAAAGGGAGAGGAGUCUUUAACAGCAAAGUGAUUCCAUGCCAGUUCUCUGGUGAUUUUACAGGAUUAUCUAGGAGAGCAAUUUUAUGCAUUGCAGGCUCCCCAUCCCAAUGAAAAAGAAAAAAAAAAAAGUCAACCAGCAAAAUCCCAGUAGCCCACAUGUGUACAUUAACAACAACAAGCUCCUCAGCAGACUGAUGGGACCUCAACAACAACAACAACAAAAAUAGAAAAGAAAAGAAGACUUCAAGGACAUCAACCCCCCUCAAAUUGUAUCUUUUGCUUGGCAAUUGUAUGUUUGAAAAUGUAAUUCAGGAAAAAAAAAAAAAAGGAUGCAGAGCUUGUGACACAAUCACUGCUUUGUUUGGUGCAGAAAGAAAACUUCAAGAAAAUUGAAAAUUAAAAAAAAGGAAAAAAAAUCUAUUUUUGUACAAAAGUAAAUUUUAUCUCUUGCUUACGUACUGGUUUUUGUCCCGUUUUUCUUGUGGGCUGAUGUUUACGCGGACAAUACCGCUGAGGAGGAGCCGGCACCUUGCUAAUAAAUUGUGGCUUUUACUUUGCUGUGUUUGACCUAUCGCCGCCAAGUGGCAAACUGUACCUUGUCAUACUUUUGUGUCAACUUUUAAGGAGAUGGAAUUUUUGUCAUAUGUUCUUUGUGUGUUGUCCACUGAUGUUUCAUGGACAGAGAAAAAAAAAUGUAUUAAAAAAAAAAAGUGAACAAGUUAAAAGCAUUGCCAGUGCUUCUGUAAAAAGGAAGGAGAAUGGACCUUUCCGACGUGUCAAGCACUCGUACAAUAAUAGCCAAUCAGAUAGCCGCAUUGUCUUAACCCCUGGCUUGACACACCCCUCUCACCAUAUUGUCCCACAACCAAUGCUUGUUGUCAGUAGCGUGUGCUUGGAAAAGUUAAUGUUAGGAAGAAAAUGGUCCUCAGAUGCACUUGGGGAACGUGCAAUUCUGAUGAAAGUUAUCCGGCUAGGUUACAAGGGGCCCGCUUGAUUCAUUUUCCAAAGCCUAAAACACAGUUGAGGAAGUGUCUACGAUGGAUUAAGGCUCGCGGAAGAGCGCGCGUACAACUAAAUGUGAACAAUAACAAAC